AUGGUAGCGCAAUUCCAGACAGCUUUGACCGCCGUCUUGGCUCUUUCGGGUGCUUCCCACGUAUUGGGAAAGGGAGUAAGGUCCAACGGCCGCAAACUCCAAAAUGUGUGUGUUGAUCCAGGUCUUGACAUUUCCAUGAGUGAAAGCUUGAUGGCCGUCAUGUCUACCACUGGCAUGUGGGAUGCCGUCAUGGAUGGCCUCGAGCAGUUUGCCACUGAUGGCGUCUCUAUUGGAUCUUCCACGGCAUUGCUGCCAGAGGCCAACGACGCCGCUGUCACCGGUGCCACCAUUGAAGAUGGACAGAGUGGUGAUGUCAAUUUCCCCCAUGGAAACAUAAAGCCACUGGCCACUGCCGGGGAACGAUCCGUAUGCCUCGAAAGUUAUGGUUGGAAAAUCACAGGAACGCCUGAUGGUCUUGGCGCUUACCUCCCGAACGAUGAUACGGUCCGUGUCGUCGUGCAGUCCGAAGGAUACGGUCCGCUAAGAUACGAAUCAUUCAAGUUUCCCGUCAAUGAUGGUGCAGCCACAUUCGGCGGAUCUCACAUCCAGUACGUGGACUACGAUCGUGAAAGCCUCUCCAUGUUUAUGAACAACGCCGAUGCCGCCUCUACCAUGGUGACUGGUGCCGGUGAAAUGAUUGAGAACGUUAUCAACCUCAAGGGAGAACCGGUCGGACGUCGUAAUGGCGAGUCACCCACCAGCAUGGGAGCUCACUUUGCCAACACGGAUGCCAAUGGGACCUAUGCCAUGCUCAAGAUGGUCGCCGAAGCAGACUGGUUCCUCCAAAGUUUGUGCUCUGCCCACUUGGAACAGCAACAUCAGUGGGGUCCUGGAAUUGGCCUGGAAGAUGACAUCUUUCUUACCAGCGAGGAAUGGAGCAACUAUGCUCUGGACCAACUAUUCGUGGGACUCUCGGUAAGGAAACUAUGUCAUACAAUUGUGCUCGAGUCGGGUCAGCAGAGGCAAGCCAUUAGUUUCACUCGGGCUAACUCAACCAGUCUCUUUCCCAUCCAUGUUUCUUCUACGUAUGCACCUCAGGGCCAUGCUUUGGACAUUCAAACCAAGACUCUUUAUGCUCUUGGAGGAAUUACUCAAGGAGGAUUCGAGAAAAUCAUUGAAGUCAACCCUCAAAACCCUGACUACAUCAUUUUGGCCAUCUCGGGUUACAAUGGUCCCUUUGACAUUAACGACCACGUCCCUGACAAACUGUACCCAGAGAACAUGAUUGAGGCCCGCAAUGUCGAAUACGGACCCCGUGCGGACGGUAACAACUAUACUUUUACCAAGGAUAUUGUCCCCUUCCGCAUCUUUGUCGGUGUCAAGGGCAAACUCGAAGAUGGUUCGGAAGCUCCUGCGGAUGACUUUUUGGCCCGCAACGGUUUGAAGUAUGGUCAAAUGUACGGGUUUGCCAUUGACAUGCGCAACGACACGGGCGCUGUCGGACCCACUGCCGGAGAAUGGCGUGAUGCCUGGCACAAGACCGCAACCAAUGGAGAAACGGUCCCCGGAAAGUGGAUUGCUCAGCCGUGGCGCUGGGAUGGAGAAGUUCGCAACUUUCAGCAUGAUGGGUCCUGGGACUACCAGAACCCACCUCCCGGCACCGAGGCUGGCUCCGAGUUGGAAGGCUACUAUUGGUGGGUCAGCAACGGCAUUGACAAGGGUGGCUGCAAGACGGAGCACAUUACGGGAGAUCCACGCCCCGACACCUCCGCCUUUAUCCAAGGAAGUACCUGUGGUUACUUUGGCCACCUGUACAUCAAUGAUGUCGUGGAAGUGUUGGCUGUCGCGGGAGGUGAACUCCCCACGGUCUUUGAUGGUUCCUACUACGUUUACCAGGGAGAAACCGAUAUUACAGAACAGGUUGUGUUGAAUGGUGCUGGUCGAUUGCCCGAUGGUCGCAACGCCACUCGCAACUGGGACAAUGCUGACCCCGAAUCCACCGGCAAGGUGACCUUUGAGGAUGUGGAUGGCUUGGAAGCUUUCCAGGCCGCGGACGGUAACAUGUACUUGAUGAUUCAAGAAGAUUCUGGCAACAAGUAUGGCGAACGCAUGUUUAUAUCAUCUCCCUUGGAACACGAAGAUGACGGUGAGGACUUGACGUAUUACUUUGUGGCCAUGUCGGGCGGCAAGCAAAACUCGCGUCAAGUUGCCGGUGUAGGCGUCCCCGCCGGAGUGGCGUGUCACGAUGGCGAAAAAUUUAAGGCGGACGCGCACGAGUUUUCGGGUCUGUUUGAUAUGAGCGGAUUGCUGCGCAAGAAUGACGAUGGAACUUGGGGAAUGUCGGCCUCGGAUACGGGCGUAGCCAAGCUUGCGAACAAUGCCUUGGUGGAUAUCAAUGACAAGUACAUUUUGGUGGGACUCCAGGCUGGAAAUUUUGCGUGUGGUGUGAUUGGUGCAUUUCAGGCGGACCGUGGCGGUCAGUGGCUCUUGUAUCAGCCAUCGAUUCCUCACGGAGCUGUUCCCUCGGUCGAAGUGGUGCGUCAAGAUUUCCCCCAAGAGGAAUCCGAGGACGAAGAAACCGAUGGCGAUGGUGAUGACUAA